GGUACAACAGCAUAACUGUCUUGAGAGAAAAUGAUCUUUCAGGACUUGAGAACUUAGAGCUGCUGAUGCUGCAUAGCAACACCAUCCACAGUAUUGAUGACAGAGCUUUCCAAGACCUCAAGUCCUUACAGGUCCUGAAGAUGUCCUUUAAUAAGGUAAAGGAAAUCAACAAACAGACGUUCAAAGGCCUCAACAGUCUGCUAAGACUCCACAUGGACCACAACCACAUUGAGUUCAUUAGCCCAGAGGCUUUCUACGGUCUAAACAACUUACAGUUGGUCCAUCUGGAGGGUAACCACCUCCAGCAGCUCCACCCAGACACAUUCAUCACACUGAGACACAGCCAGGUGUUCAAGGUGUCCUCUGUAAGAAACAUCCACCUGUCAGACAACCUCCUCACCACUCUGCCCGCAGAUAUUUUCUCAGGCUGCAGCCACUUAGAGAAUGUCUUUCUCCAUGGCAACCCAUGGACAUGUGAUUGCCGCAUGAAGUGGUUCUCAGCGUGGGCACAGAGGAACACAGGUGUGCUGAAAUGCAAGCGAGACAGGAGAUAUCCGAGAGGCCAGCUGUGUCCUGUUUGUGAAAAUCCUGCCCCUUACCACAACAGAUCUCUAUCCCUUCUCCCCAGCGAUGCCUUCGCUUGUACCAAACCCUGGAUCCAACCCCAUCUAAAGCAGAAAAACAUCAGCGUGGAUGAAGGGGACUUUACCCCAGUUUCCCCCAAGGACUUCAUCGCCCCAUUAGGCUCUAUACAAAUGAACCUGACUAACCAGUUUCACAAUGACGCCAGUCUGUCCUGCACUGUCCAGAGGCCCUCUGCUUUCGAGAACCUGACACAAACCUUGGAGGAGGACGGGCAAAACAAUGUCACCUUACUCACCACUGGCAUUACUACAUAUUUAGUGUGUAACAUUGACCAUGAACACAUACAGCAGCUGUGGCAGAUCUUAGCCACCUACAGUGACUCUCCCUUGCGACUGGAGAGAGGCUUGAUGCUUGCCAGAAGCCCAGAAAUGGUGUACAGGUACAGUGAGAUGAAAACAAAGGAGGGAGAGGAAGUUCACACAUACGUUGAGGCUGAGAUUAAAGCCUCCCCUGCAUGGUUGAUGCAGGGAGAAGUGAGCUUCCAGCUUGACCGCACUUCUACCACUUUCUCUACUCUACACAUUAAGUACCAGUCUGUGGUCAACCUACGUGUGGAAAACACAUCACCUAAGAGAGACCGCUAUUCCUGGACCAUGAUCAAGCGAGAUAAUCAAACCAAGACUGAGCACACUGUACUUACAGGUGGUGUGACACAAUUGAACUGUCAAAUCCGGGGUGAGCCAAAGCCUUUGUUGGAGUGGAUUUUACCAGAUGGAAGUAAGGUCAGAGCUCCUUACUCCAGUGAGGACAGGAGGAUCAUAAUCACUGCUGAAGGGAAGCUCACAGUGCGGGCUGCAGAUGCCUCCGACACAGGCCUCUACCGGUGCAUUGCCACAAACUACCUGGAUGCAGAUAUCCUCGUUUUUCGAGUGACAGUUCUGUCCCCUGAUGUGGAAGAGGCUGAGGUCAACGGUGUCCAGCUCUCAAGGCCACUGGGUGAAAAUCUGUUUUUUGACUGCAGCUCCUCUGGGAGUCCUGAGGCCUCGGUCCAGUGGAUACUCCCUGAUCACUUAGUACUGGACAAGUCUCAUGGGAACAGGAAAGUGUAUGAGAAUGGAACCUUGCUGGUUCAGGGUCUCACAGCGAGGGACAGAGGAUUUUAUAGGUGUUUGGUUUCUAAUCAGCUGGGAGUUGAUCUGCUUGUGUCUCAGGUGACUGUGACUGAAGAAAGGUCUGAGACAGUAACAAUUCUGGACAGUGAGGGAUCAGAGAUGGAAAACAAGUUAGACUUGUCCUCCACAGUCACCCUCAGUGAGAUCCCCUCCUCCAGUCCCUCUGACAGAACUAGUCAGGAAUCCAGGACCAUUACCUCAGAUCGCCCAUACCCCAGAAUCAGAUCACAGGGUAGAGGAGGUGCUCGAGGUAGACUGGGACAGCGAAGGAGGGGGCCAGUCAGCAACAGACGCAUCUGGAGUAGCAGGGUUUUUGAUAAAGCUUCCCGGAAAGUGGACCCACAGAAAUUUGCUGAAUUUAUGAAAAAGGCUCAAGAUGGAUCAAGAAUAAAGACGGGCACAAAUAAAGAGAAGGGCAAAUAUGCUGGUUCAAACACACCUUUUUCUGGUGAUGGUGAAAUUGGCUCUGGUGAGGAUCCUAAUGAACAUCAUCUCAUCAUUGUGCCAAGGAUAGUCACACCAACAACAGAUAAUCCACAGAAGGGGAGAAUGUUUGAGCAAGAAAAGAGGCAGCCUGAAACAACCACACAGACAGACCACCGUAGUAAUCUAGUAACAACAGAGUCACAGCAAAUUGUUGGUAUGGAAACAACAGUCAGCAACUACAUUGAUUUAAGUCAAGUGACAGAAAACACUAACACACCAACAGCAGAAUUUUACAUGCAGUCAGAUUCUACACCAAUCAAAUCCACAUUCACAAACAAUCCAACAGGAAGGCGCGAAAGCCAAAGUGAUACAGUUACACCAUACAACACAGAUCUUUCCACUUUUGAUGAGACAACUGAAUUUUAUGCCAUGGAAAAAAGUAACGAGCCACACACAAACGGGCGUCCAGUCACCCUCCAACUUACUGUAACGGACACGUCGCAAGAAACUCAGCUCCAGUUCUCAGGAGACAAGCCUGAAGAGCCAGAAACAUCCACUUGGGCGGCGCUCUCAUUUACCGCAGACCCCAAUGUCACUCCAAUGAGGGAUGGCCCAGGCCCAAUGGAGCUAAUUGUUCACACAUCCACCAACCCAGAAAGCCAGACGACAUUCACAGCCGUCACCACCACAGAAAGACAACAAGAUGAGAUAACCUUCCACACUACCCAAACAAUCAAAUCCCCACGCCUGCCUGCAGGAUCCACCAUCAUCUCCCGGCAACACAUCCAUAUCAUCCCACACAAGAACAGCAGAGGAGGGGGCCGCAGGAGGACCUUCCCAGGCCGCAGGAGGAUCAUUAAACCUAACAGGAUCACUGACAUACAGUCCUUCAUCAAUAAACUUAAACAGCCCUCAGUGAAGAAGGAAGGGAAUGCCACAGUGCCGUAUAAAAUUGAACUGACCACAGAUUGUGACUGUGAUGAAGACAAAAAGAAGACAGCAACCACUGAUCUGCAGGUGGUCAAACCAACAGCCAGACCGGAGAGACCUCCCUCUACACAAAAAACUACAGCUUCUACCACAAACUAUUAUAUUACUUCAAAUGCCCCUUUUACCCAUACAGAGUCAAGGCCAGAAGUUUCCAGUGGAUACAUAACCUCUGCUGAUGCCUCUGAGUCAGACCCUACAAUUGAUCCUCUUUUGACCACAAAUAAAGAACCGUCAAUCUCCACCAUGACUGCUUUUACUACAACUGCUUCUAAAGUUAUUCGUGGAAAAAUUCCAUGGAACAGGCUGUUUGGAAGCAGAGAGAGGGAAAAGAUACUGGCCAGGCUAAGGAGGCCACUUAUCACCCCAAAAACCACAACUACUACAACUACAGCAGAAACUACAACAGUGGCCCUAACCACAACCCCUGCUGCAACGCCUACCACCACUGCAAACUCACUGGCUGAACCUGAGACUCUGUCCCCAUCCAGACACACAGGGACCAAAGAGGGCUCAUUUGAUGAUGACUAUGGAGAUUUUUCCUCUGCAGAUUUUGAGUUCACAACACUGGGACCCAGCUUUCUCGAUAUAAGUACAACCAGUUCAUCAUAUUACUCCAGGUCCUCCACCACUGCUGAAACACCACCAGAAUCACAGACUCUACCUUCCCCACCUACUGUCAAACCACCUUCAGUCAAAAAUCCUGAUGAAUCCUUAUCAUCUGGGUCCGGGGGACUACCUGAUAAUUUGUUUGUAAUCAGACAGAGACCUGGUGGGACAAGAGGACGACAAGGGCGGAGAAGGAGGCCCUUUAGGGGGAGAAGACCCUUUAAAAAACCUCCAAUCACUAAAUUACGUCCUACUACCACAACUGAGGCUUUAACUACAGAGGUGACAACUAUGGAAACCACAAUGGAGACAACCACACUACCCCAACAGACUGUUUCACUCUACAAGCCCCUGUACAUACCAUCUAGGAAAGAGGACAGAAUUGUUAUAGCUGUUUCAACUGACCAAACAUCAAAGGAGGAGACUGACUUAUAUGAGGAAUUUGACUGGAGCACAUCUAGCAUUUUACCGACCAAAAGAGCUUCGAUCCCCACAACCACAUUUACCCCCACCACCACAUUCUUACCAACUACCACAAAAGGGCCUUACACAACAGCUCGGACCAGAAUCCACAGCAACAUCAGGCCGCCAAUGCAGAGGAACAAUGGUGGCGCCACUCAUAGGCCACCGUUAAGGAGAAUCAGACCUACUGUGCAGAGCGGUGGUGCCAGAGACAGCACAGAUAAAGGCCUCACGUUUGACACAAUGACCAUCCUUACAGCUGAGCAAGGGUACUCCAAUACCCCUGGCCCAUACAACAACAUAGGCACACACAAUGCCAUCUCUAGUGUUUAUAAUCAUGUCACUGGCAAUGAAGCUACUAGUUCCAACAUCGCUGGCUUUGAACCCACUACAAAGGUCAUGACAAGCAAACCUAAGAUAGUUGGGGGCAAUGCAGCCAGUUUCACUGUGUUAUCCAACUCAGAUGCUUUCCUGCCAUGUGAGGCUGUUGGAAACCCUCAGCCAACUAUAACCUGGAGGCGCUUCUCCUCAAGCACAGGAAGCACUGUUAUCAUUACAGGGACGAUGGACAAAUUUGAGUUGCUGAGCAAUGGCACGCUGUUGAUCCAGAAUGCCAACAUUAAGGACCGUGGCCAGUACCUCUGUCUAGCUGAGAAUGAUCAUGGAUCAGAUAAACUUCUUGUCACGCUCUCUGUGGUGGCCUACCCCUCACGCAUCCUAGAGCCAAAAAUCCGUGAGGUAAAGUCUCAUGUCGGAAACACUGUGGAGAUGAAAUGUAAAGCAGAGGGUCGGCCCAUGCCCGUGAUAUCCUGGAUCCUGGCCAACCGAACCCAGGUGAGGGGUCAAAACACAGAGAAGGGAAGGGCAUCAGUAUCUGCUGAGGGGACUCUGGUCAUUGAGCAGGUGUCUGUUUAUGACAGAGGUCAUUACAAAUGCAUCGCCAGUAAUCCAGCUGGCGCUGAUACUGCUACAGUCCGACUGCAGGUGGUUGCAGCUCCCCCAGGCAUCAUGGAGGAGAAACGGCAGCAGUUAAAAGCUGGUGUAACUCAAAACUUGUGGCUGCCCUGCACUGGUCAAGGUAGCCCUCAGCCUACUAUUCACUGGGUCCUCCACGAUGGAUCAGUGGUACGAUCUAACAGACCUAACAGUAACAUAAGGAUAUCCGUGUUUGUGAAUGGAACACUCCACAUUAAGGAUGUGACUCCAGCAGACAGCGGGAAAUAUGAAUGUAUUGCUACCAGCUCUACUGGCUCCGAGAGAAGGGUGGUGACGCUGACAGUUGAGAGCCAAGAGUCUGCACCUAAAAUAGUGGAGACAUCCCAGCGCAGGACAGUGUUGUUCUUCGGGGAUCAGCUGAGACUAAACUGUUCAGCUACAGGAGACCCUAAACCCAGGGUCAUGUGGAGGCUGCCCUCUAAAGCUGUGGUGGACCAAUGGCACAGGAUGGGCAGCAGAAUUGUGGUCCUGGAUAAUGGUACUCUCAUUGUUAACACUGUAAGUGAUAAGGAUGCUGGAGACUAUCUCUGUGUGGCACGAAGUAAAAUAGGUGAUGAUCUCCAACUCAUGAGGGUCAGUGUGUCAAUGAAGCCAGCCAAGAUAGAGCCUAAGCUCUAUGGAAAGAAGCAGGUCCCUUACGGCAAUGACUUAAAGGUCGACUGUAAAGCCUCAGGAGUACCGAAACCAGAGAUCUCCUGGGGUCUACCAGACGGUACAGUGGUCAACAGCGCUCUUCAGUCUGACGCCAGCAGUCGAGGCGGACGGGCACGGCGCUAUACACUUUUUGACAAUGGAACUCUCUACCUAAACCAGGUUGGUAUUUCAGAGGAAGGGGACUACACAUGCUAUGCUGAAAACCAGAUGGGCAAGGAUGAGAUGCAUGUUCAUAUCAGCGUGGUGACUGCUGCCCCCAGGAUACGUCCAACCAGCCAGACCUAUGUCAGGGUGAAGCCUGGUGGGAACAUCCGCUUUGACUGUGAAGCACUUGGGGAACCCAAACCCAAGAUCCUGUGGAUGCUGCCUACCCAUGAUGUAAUUGCAGCAUCUAAUGAACGCUACCUAAUGCAUGUCAAUGGCUCUCUGGAUAUCAGGGAUGUGAAGGUUAUUGAUACUGGGGAUUAUGUUUGCAUGGCUCGCAACCCUGCUGGAGAAAAUAGAAAAGUCUACAAGCUUGAUAUCGAUGGAAAUCCACCAGUGAUCAAUGGCUACCAGCAGAACAGGACAGUAGUCAAAGAUGUAGCUGCUAAAUUCUCUAGGAAAUUAAUAGACUGUAAAGCUGAGGGCGAUCCCACUCCUAGUAUCACUUGGAUUAUGCCCGAUAACAUCUUUUUGACUGCACCAUACUUUGGCAGCAGGAUUAAUGUCCACCAUAAUGGGACAUUAGAGAUUCGUAAUGUGCGGCCAACUGACACAGCAGAGUUCAUUUGCAUGGCAAGGAAUGAUGGAGGAGAGGCAGUAAUGGUGGUGCAGCUGGAGGUGACCAGUAUGCUCCGGAGGCCCAUCUUCAAGAACCCCUUCAACGAACGUAUUGUGUCUCGGAUUGGGAAAACCGUAGUUCUGAACUGCUCUGCUGAUGGACACCCGAUUCCAGAGAUCACUUGGACUUUGCCUAAUGGAACACGGUUUACUGGUGAACCAGACCGUGGCUCUCGCCACCACCUAGGCAAUGAUGGGACUUUUAUUAUCUACAACACUCACAAAGAGGAUUCUGGGAAGUACCGCUGUGGUGCCAGGAAUUUUAUGGGCUACAUAGAGAAGCUAAUCAUUCUGGACGUUGGGCAGAAGCCUUACAUCCUGACUAGGCCUAGGGGCGUCAUACGCAGUGUAUCUGGAGACCCUCUCUUCCUUCAUUGUCUAUCUGAUGGCAGUCCCAGACCCAGAAUCUACUGGACCAUUCCUGGUGGCCACACUCUUACUAGGCCUCAAGUCCUUGGGCGUUACCAGUUACUAGAGAACGGUACUUUGGUUAUUCAGGACACCACUCUACACGACCGGGGAAACUACAUCUGCAGAGCUCGUAACGAUGCUGGGGAGGCUGUGCUCACUGUUCCUGUUGUCAUCAUUGCCUACCCUCCACGCAUCACAGCAGGUCCACCUCCCAAUGUGAAGGCAGUGACCGGGACACCUAUCCACCUCAACUGUGCUGCCAUUGGGAUCCCCAAGCCAGACAUCACCUGGGAGCUGCCUGAUCACUCAAUUCUGUCAGCAGCAGAACAGGGCCGGCCUAUGGGUAGUGAACUGCUCCACCCUCAGGGCACACUUAUCAUACAGAGGCCCACAGCCGCAGACUCUGGCACAUACAAGUGCCUGGCCAAGAACCACCUGGGUACAGACUCAAAGAUCACAUAUGUACAUGUGCUGUGAGAAAAAGACGAGACUGAGUGAGGAGAGUGGCAUAUCCAAAUGUAAACAUUAUCAGACACACAGUCACUUAUGUCUGUGAGGUACAGUACAUGUUUUCUCAUGUGGACUUGUGAGGAUCACAGCUUGUGGAAUAUUAUUAAAAAUGUGACAAAUGUGGAUUAAAAAAAAUAAACAGAGCACAAGAAGAGAAAGGAAACAGACUUUUUAAACUGGAAAAUUGUGUUUUUUUAAAAAGGAAAACCCAGCCUGGAGCUAGAAAGUUGUUAUUGUAACUUUGAAACUGGGGGUCUGGAAAAUCAUAGGUGGUUCUCAUUUGGGGUGGUUCUCAUGGGAGCAAAAGGGCCAGCGCCUAGAGUCAAACUAAGAGUGAUAUCUCCGACCAGGCACUGCUGGCCGCACAUAGGGAUACUAUUACAGCACAUACAGGCAUACUAUACAGAGAGGAGGAAAAAUUGGUGUAAAACAUUGAAAGAAAAAAAGGCUCCCAGGAGGGUUUUAAUUCUCUUUAGACAUUGGCCAGAAGUUAUUGCUGUCAUGACAUGUUGCUUUGUCCUUUAACAGCAAAUGAAAAAGACAGCAGGCACAGUAUGUAGUAGAAUAAAAUUUCACAGUAAAAGAAAAUAGGUUUAUUCAAAUAUCAAUAUAUGAAGCUUGUUUUACACUGGAUACAUAUCUGCAUGGACAGCACAGUGCUCUCAUACCAGAAUUACAUCAGAUUUCUUUAUUAUACUUUUUAUAUUUUGAUAUAGACAUUUGACAGUUUAAAGCAGAUUCUUUUAUGUCUAUUUCGCAGUGCAGUUCAUUGGUCAAAAAAUACAAAAAAACAGAUCAGUCUAUUGUGUUAUACACAAGAAUUUACAGUAAUGUUAUACAUUAUGCUAAUCUGUAAUAAUGCAGUAUAUGUAUAUCUAUUUGUAGUAUCUACUUUAUCAAAGUAUGGAAGAACAAAUGAAAUAAGAAGGUUCAUGUCUUUUUAAUGUUUUUAUUUUACUUUUUGAUACACAAAAAUAUUUUAAAUGAGACGUGUUAUAUAUAUGAAAUACAGUAUAUCACUGUUACUGGUACACAGAAUUGGCUGUUAGUACUAGACAGCUAUUAUAAUGCUGUUGCAAUUAAGGUCAUUAGGAUUAUCCAGUUGUACCACACCCUAUAGGAGGAGGUUAGGGCUGUGGCUGCAGUAGAAAUCUUCCAGACACACACAGUUUUAACUUUCCAGCUGUGAAAAUAGUUCUUCACCCAGCUCGUCAAUGAGCAAGACCCACAGGGGAGCCUUUGAUUUUUGUUUGUGAUUGUGUGCUGAUUUUACUGCCCUCCUGCAGAUUAAACUGAAAGGUAAUGGAGGAUGUUGAGAAAAUGGGAAGAAAGUCAUAUGUUUUUAAAAUCUGAGUCUGUAUGUAAUUGAUCUGAUGUAAUAUUCCUGUUAUAAAUAUAUUACAUGCAACACAGAAACUCAAAUGAAUAAUGGUGACGUUUGCUUUGUACUUCUUUGGCUACUGUCUGCAGUUUUACUUUUAGUUUUUUGUUUCUAAAGAAACAGUUACAAGUCAUAUUUGAAUGUAUUCAUUAAGACAAAUACCCCAUGCCUUAGGGGCAACAACUGGAAACAAUUUCUCAGCAAA